CCUCAAGUAGGAAUCCCUGUGUGGCAUGACGAAGCUUGAGCUGUAAAUCUCUGUCACUAUAAAACAGAGAGAGCCGGUUUAUAGCAUGACAGAAGUCUGGCGUGUCACAUCUCAGACUUUAUUCAUCUUUUUGCUGGAUUUAGGCAACUUUUCAGCUGAUUUACCACCAGCUCUUGUUAGUGUUGGAGCUGCAGCACACCAAAUAUUCUCUAAAUACCUUUCUGAGACAAAUGUUCCCCCCUCUCUGGAGGAGCACACUUUCCCUGGGAGUCGUGCCAGAAGGGUUGCCCCCUUCUCUGCAGGAUUAGCAUUGGAGGGAGAUGUUGAAGGCUUUUUUAUGUUUCGCCAUUCUGCUCCGGUCAGUGCAGUAACAGAUGUUGAUAUUUUUAGAAAAUGGCAAGACAGAUGUUGACUGAAAUUCAAGGUCUUUGCACUAUCAUUUUAAAAAAAAACUUAAUUAACUUAACUUGGAUGAGUUUAGAAGGCGAUUCGGGCGCCAUGUUUUUCUUUCUGAUCAACUGUCUGGUCCAUCUAGAGCCAGACUCCAGCAGGGCCUGGUGAGCGAGCUCCGGCUGCUGGUGUCUGGGCUAUUAAUAGAGCUAGCCUGAGAAUUCAGACUAAGGUCAGCAAUCAGAUUCCUCGCUCCCAACUUGUGGAAGGGAACAAGAAGGAAAAGUCCCUCCCUGAAAUUAUGCAUUUUUCACAUUUCUAUUCACGUACACUUCCACUCAUGCUGAUGCUCUGUGAGGUAGGAGUGCCAACCGCUGUGUCCUGCUGCCUACAUUAGCUCCCUGCUUUAAGCUUUUAUAUGAAUCACUCAGAGGAGAGUACUCUACCCACCGGAUUGUGUCCUCAGCAUCCCAACUACAUUAUGUAUUUUUAAUUCAUGAGGUGGAAGAUAUUGGCAAUGGAGUUCUUCUUCAAUCUCCUUAUUUCUUUUGUAAACUGAUGCAGAGUUCGCAAUUGACAUGUAGAAACCAGUAAAUAUAAUAACUUAUUAUUUAUUUGUAUUUUUUUUAUUAUAUCGAACAAGUUGUUCGGUUAUGAUCAAAAUAGUUUUAGGUUUUAUUUCAUUUUUAUUCCAUUAUGUGCAGUUAUUUAAUUUUUCACAUUGCCGUGAACAUUUAUCUUAUAAACUUUUACCAAAUAUAUCUGGCAAAUGUCCAUUUCUUCCAUUUUUAUAACUUAACUGGCCACAUGUGGCAUUAGUGGUUAGAUGGCAUUUAAUGUAUUUCUCCUCUGAAACAGUGGUUUUCUUUACAUUACAGAUGUGGCUGACUGGAUUAUUGUUAUUAGCACAGCUGCUGGCUAGACGAUGUCCGCUUUGUCAGCAAUCUGUCCCCUCACACAGAAUAGAUAACACACACACACACACACACACACACACACAGAAGCGUUGGUGAACUUAAACACACACAGUCAAACACAUCUGGAGUUUACAGCUUAACUCAAGAGCCCCACUGUCACACACUAAUUUAAACCAAUGUCAACACAGGACGCUUAUUCCUCAGUUACAGAUGGCCUGCAUGGUCCCAAUAUAGUCCCUGACAGAUUAAUGUCUGCACAUCAUGACCCACACAGAUUACCAUCCUCUAAAAUCUACACAUGCGAGGGGUUAAAUAGUGCACGAGUGUCAGUUUGACUCCAUCUUUGACAUCAUUAUCUGUGUGUUUGUUUUCCAUAGGAUAGUUUAGGUUGUGACUUUAUAUUUACAAUGACUUUGUGUUUGUAUUUACAAUGCAAUCCAGUCUGAUCAUUCCUAAAUGUGUGCUUUGGUCACUUUGUGUAAAAAAAAAUCUACAUUUUGUGUUUGGGGAUUAUACUCUGAACAUCUGGUGGAAUGACUUUUAGUGCCACAUGGAGAGCUUCUGCAACAUGUUGUAAAGUACAUGUAAUCUAUUUUUAUAGCCAUAUUUAACUUGAAUGAAAUGCAGGAAUGUGAAUUUCAUAGGCAGGCUGAUCAUUUCUGUCCUUUUUGGGGUCAUGCCUGCAAAGGAUAGAGUGAACAGAGCCAAAGGAAAAAGAAGCAACAACCCUUGUGGAUAGUUGUGAGAUGUCAUUUGAUCUCUGGCUUCUCUGUGCAUCAGUCUCUGCGUUGCUCAAAGCUCCCCCCCCCCUCGCUAUCAUCCUGUCACGGUUGUUAAUUCUUCCGAACUUGCCCUUCACCCACAUCCUUCUCUCCACAUCACUGUUGCGUUGUGACAUGGUGGCUCAGUCCCUGCUGUUACCCAGCGGCCAUUGAAGACCCCACGGCUGUUAGACAGUGGAGCUCGUCUCUCCGUUCAGCUCGACUCGCACAGUGUUUCUGACUGCAGCUUCCUCAAAGAGGCCUCUUACGGUCCCAGAUGAGUCGGAAAUAUCUCUCCUGGAGGACUUCUGUGCUACUUAACGUUGUGUCUCUGCCAGGUGAAAACUUGGUUAUCGCCCAGUUCAAAACUCACUUCAUCUUCGUACUCUGCAGCCUUGCCAGAAUCAGAGAAAACUGCACACAGAAGUGAAUAAUACUGGAUUUAAUGCUGCAUUAACAGACAAUCUCAAUACACUUUCUUCUCUCUGAUUAUAAGAAGAAAUACAUCACAUUUAAUAGUCUGAGCUUUAUGUGUACACUCCACUUAUCCAUCCUUUUUGAGGUAUUUCCUACAUUGUACUACAUUAAAUCCUCUACACAGGUCCUCUCUGAUGGUGCAAUGACCCACUUUUAAGAAUGAGGGCAGCUUUGAGAUUCCAUGACAGUUAUUGACUUGGCGUUGGCCUUCAAGUAGCUCAUAAUAUCAGCAGAGCUACUGUCUGACGUUUAUUGCUCAAGCGUUUUCACAUCUGCAAAAAUCCCAAUAUGGAACUCUCGGUACAUAACUGUACCUGUGGGGUAAGUCACGCUGUGUGAGACACUGCAGGAGGCCAGAUGUGUCGCUGACUCUGUGCCGCUUCCUUUUGACACCUCGUUGACUUGAGGUGUGAGUUCUGCUGAUGCACACCCUGUGCUAUUCAUAAUUUCGUCACUGUUUCACUUACAAGUCUGGUGACAAGUUUAAGCUUAAAGGGAGAGAAGUGCUAACUUUGACGCUGAAACACUCUCCGCUACAGUAUACUGUUCAGUUCAUGUGUGAGGGAGCCGGCUAUGCACAGCCUAAAUAAAUAUUAUCAUGCCCCACUGAAUGUACCCAAACACUCUAGCCAGGACAGCAGUUACCUAAACAAACUAGAGUGGACAGCCCUCUCUGCAGCUUUUAAUGCGUGUCGUGGAGCUUGUUGCAAAAGUUGGUUGUAGUGAUCCCAUCGCAGUAACCGAUAAAGUUUAUUAUUUGAUUUGGCUUUUAAUUAACCAUAAAAAUGUGUUCUGUGUUUCUGAGAUGAAUAAACAACAAGUCAAUCACAGGUAUAGAGCAUGUGAACGGACUUAUUAUACUCUUAUUUUGUUUGUUUGUUUAUCAUAUUCUAUCUUACAUUUUUUAUAUUUUUUAUGAUCUAUUUUGCUAUUACGCUGUGUUUAUUGUCAUGCACCAAUCACAAAGCCAAGUUCCUUGGCUAAACAUACUUAGCGUUUUUGUUUCUGAACCGUACAAUGUUUUAUAUUUGGAGUCAAAUGGAGCUAAUGCAUCAUUUCAUCCAAUGAAACGAUGUUGAGUAUGUUUUUUGAGCUGUUACAGAGGCCUGGGGGGUCUCUAGGACCCCAAACAUCAGGAUUAAAUGCUGAUGAUGCUGUUUUGAUACUUUAACAUUAGGAUUGUUAGAGUUUGUUGACACUGCAGCUCCCACCUGAGGUCCGUCAGUUAGCCGGAACCACACACGGCGUUUCCUUCCUCCUUCUGUCUGACCCUCACACUCGAGCAAUCCUCUCCCUCUUUUCUUCCACUCCUGCUGCAGCAGAGCAGCAGCCAGUGUGCAGCAUUACGUUAUUAAUGUCCGCCUGUAACACUGUGUAGCUCUGCUGCAGCUGGUUGGUCCGUACAGACCAGGAGCAGCUCACGGGCGGUCGCUGUCCUCUACUGGGUCGUGUGUGUGUGUGUGUGUGUGUGUGGUUGUCUUGGUCAUCUGCAGAAUGCAAUACUGGUACUGAACAGAUGACAUGGCAGCGGACACAGAAACAAACGGUGAUACAGAGGACCAGGACAAGGAGUACGUGGGUUUUGCAACGCUGCCAAACCAGGUUCACCGCAAGUCGGUGAAGAAGGGAUUUGACUUCACGCUCAUGGUGGCAGGGGAGUCUGGCCUGGGAAAGUCCACCUUGGUCAACAGUCUCUUUCUCACAGAUCUCUAUAAAGAUAGGAAGCUGCUCAAUGCUGAAGAGCGCAUCACACAAACAGUAGAAAUCACCAAACACACGGUGGAUAUAGAAGAGAAAGGUGUCAAACUGAAGCUCACCAUCGUGGACACGCCUGGGUUUGGGGAUGCUGUAAACAACACAGAAUGCUGGAAGUCAGUGGCCGACUACAUCGACCAGCAGUUUGAGCAGUACUUCAGGGACGAGAGUGGCCUCAACCGCAAGAACAUCCAGGACAACCGCGUGCACUGCUGCCUCUAUUUCAUCUCACCCUUUGGUCACGGCCUCCGGCCUUUGGAUGUGGAAUUUAUGAAAGCUCUUCAUGAGAAGGUUAACAUCGUCCCCAUUUUGGCCAAAGCAGACACUCUCACCCCUGCUGAGGUCAAGAAAAAGAAAUUCAAGAUCCGAGAGGAGAUCGAGCAGUACGGUAUCAAGAUAUACCAGUUCCCUGACUGUGACUCCGAUGAGGAUGAGGACUUUAAGCAGCAGGACCAUCAGCUAAAGGUACGAGCCAGAGAUGCCAGAAGUCUUCAGGAAAGCAUUCCCUUUGCAGUGAUCGGCAGCAACACAGUGGUGGAGGCCAAAGGGAAGAGGGUGCGAGGCCGUCUCUAUCCCUGGGGCAUCGUAGAAGUGGAGAACCCGGCGCACUGUGACUUCGUGAAGCUGAGGAACAUGCUCGUUCGCACACAUAUGCAAGAUCUGAAGGACGUGACCCGGGAGACUCACUAUGAGAACUACAGAGCCCAUUGCAUCCAGAACAUGACCCGCAUGGUCGUGAAGGAGCGCAACCGCAAUAAACUGACCAGGGAGAGCGGCACAGACUUCCCCAUCCCCGUGGUGCCCGGAGUGGCUGACGAGACAGAAAAGCUCAUCCGAGAGAAAGACGAGGAGUUGCGGCGGAUGCAGGAGAUGCUGGAGAGGAUCCAGGAUCAAAUGCACACUCAGAAAGACGGCUAUUAACACAGGACAGCCCCGCGUCCAUGUCUCUCUGUUACUGGGAUUUAAAAAAAAAAAAGAAAAUGACCCAGGAAACCUUCAUUCAUUUCUAGAACAUUGACGUCCCUUAUGUGUCCACCCAGCCACCGCUCAACCUCCCCAACAGCACGUAACACUUGGAUCAAGGACCUGCAAGGAGGUGGUAAGAUGUUGUGCAGCUUCCCUCUAUCCUCUCUGACAUUACGGCACCAUUGCUGCCAAAACACUCGACCCUCCACUCCACUGUUUUCUGUUUUGUCAGAACUUUUAAAUAGUUUGUUUGAAUAGACUUUAAUGGCGAGAGGGGGUGGAACAUUGUAUUUAGCCACAUGAUCACAGGGUUAUUCUAUUUUUACAUCUGACAUGAGGUUUACAUGUGGUGACCUACUCUUUUUUUGCAUACUGUAAUAAUUUAAUUUUCUAUACUACACUCAUACAUAUUUGUUGUACUGCUUUUCAUCUUUUAUGUGUUUUAUUUAAACUACACAGCUAGACAUUAUGUCUGGAUGAUUGUUUUAUAUGUAUUUCCCUUCACCUGAGGUUCUUGCUGGUUGAUUUGGUUUAAUCUUAAUCUGAGUUUAGAUUAAGUUAAACUUUGCUUCAUCAGUGUCUGCAUGUUUAUCACAGUCGCCACCUCUGCUGCCUGACAGCAUGGAUGUUAGUGGCUUCACUCAACGUUAGCCGGUCUUAACUCAAUGCAACGCUUACUGUUCUGAUUGCCAUGUCAGCAUUUAAAAUGAUCCACCUUUUUUACAAGACAAAAGAAGUCUAUUAUUAAUCGCAGAAUUCCCCCAAAACAGAGUUGUUCAGAGCUGAUGACACCUGUUAGUCGGUAGAGAGGAUUAGGACUUUGAUACGACAAGACCCUCUGAUUUGCAUGAGACGAGUGUGUAAGGCGACGGUUGCAUCAAAGGCCAUGCAGUGUAUUUAUUUUGUUUGCAUGUGUUGUGUGAAGGUUUAUCAGAUUGCAGAUCAAUUUAGUGAUCAUAAGGUUAUUUAUGGGCAAUGGAAAUAUGUAGCUACUUGAUUGUUGGGGAGAAUAUAUUGAGAGGAGGUGGAGGACAUUUUUUAUUUUAUUUAGUUUGGUUAUAAUUAUGUCCAAGGGAUGUCAAAUAUUGGAUGUGUGCUUAGCUUAACGUUUACCUUCACGUAACCAAAGCCAACAAUGAUGAACUUAAUUGAUUUUCCUUUUCAAAGUGCAAAUCUAGUUUUGUAUUGACAAGCUAAGAGUAAUGAAAAACAUUAUGGGUUGAACUUGAUUAUUUUGCUAAUCGUUUCUAUGUUCCGAAUAUAAACCAAUGCAUUGUUGUGUGACCUUUAUGUUAAAAAAAAAAAAAAAGACAUUCCUCCACCUUCUGUCCCGGAGUCAGGUAAUACUUUUGUUUCUGAUUAUAAUUUUUUUUAUAUUAAAUUUGUCUUUUGUUAUCCUACUUUUUGGAGUAUAUUUAUGUAAUAAAUUUAUAAAUGAAGAAGACGAUAUGUACAAAUUCUAAUAUCGUAAUAAAAGAUGAAUGUAAUUCAAAGUCUCCACCGGGCAUUGGGUUUAGCUUUUAUGUUGUGAUAAUGUAAGCAGAAAUUAAUGCUAUGAGUUGAUUUUAAUAAACGAGUUUAACCUGUAACACAUUUUAAUCAACUAAUCCUACAUGACAUUUUCCACCAUUACACACUGUUAUAAGCGACCGUUAGGACAACUGGAGGUGUGGCCCCGCCCCCUAGAGUGACGCUCACUGACGGUUGUAGUUAAUUGCUAAUUAACUAGCACCUGUGGCUCAUUAACUGUUUGAAUACAUUUUUCUAGAUCUUCAGAAACAAAUCUGUAUAUAACCAAAGCUACUGUAAACUAUAAUGAACUUCCUUUCAGCAAAAUACUUUGAGUGAAUUUGAUGCGUUGUUGUUGUCUUGGUUCAGACGGCGGAGCCUCAUUCAUGGUUGUACUCCACUUCAGUGUAAUUUGUGUGGUCUUCAUCGGGAUUGGUUGAUGCCUUUUAUUUGCCGAGUCAAAGAUCAGAAAAAAAGUCCCUCGUGUAAAAUUAGCGGUCUGAGUGAAUGUACUAACAAAAACAAUGGUUUGAAAAUAUAUAUAUUAGAGCUGAAUUAAUCCGCCCCAGUGUGUAAAGGCCCUAAAACUGGUUUACAGCUGCAUCUGCUGCCCUCCCUCCUUUUUCUAAACUGUUUCAACA